AUACGGCUAUGGAUGGGCUAUGGCUAUAUAAACACGACACCUUGCCCAACAUUAUCAACCCAUCAAGAACAUUGAAGUGUCUACCUCUCUCCCUCCCUCCCCCAGAGACACAUACAGACAAAUAGAUUCACACACAGAAGGAAGAAAAGAUGGAGUUAUCAGCACAGUCAAUUGCGCUAGUGGCGGUUCUGACCGUCCUGGCUGCAUGGACGUGGAGGGUGGUGAAUUGGGUGUGGCUGAGGCCGAAGAGGCUGGAGAGGCUCCUGAGGCAGCAAGGCUUCACCGGCAAACCUUACGCGUUCCUGUUCAAAGACUUCAAUGAGAACGAGCGUCUGCUCAUGGAAGCUAUGUCCAAGCCCCUCGCCAUCUCCGACGACAUCAAGCCUCGCGUCAUGCCGUCCUUGCAUCGAUCCUUCCAAAUCCAUGGCAAAGACUCAUUCACGUGGAUGGGCCCAACACCAAGUGUGAACAUAACGAACCCUGAACACGUGAAGGAGAUCUUCUCCAAGAUAAAUGACUAUCUCAAGCCAACCUCCAAUCCCCUUCUGAAGCUGCUCAUCACUGGACUCGUGAACCGCGAGGGCGAGAAAUGGGCUCAAUGCCGGAAAAUUAUCAAUCCGGCAUUCCACAUGGAGAAGUUGAAGCUUAUGUUGCCCGCUUUUUAUUCAAGUUGCACUGAAAUGGUAGACAAAUGGGAUAAAAUGGUAUCGGAGGAGAGAUCAUGUGAGGUCGACGUGUCGGUCGACAUUCAACAUUUGACCCGUGACGUGAUCUCUCGAACAGCAUUUGGUAGUAGCUUUGAAGAAGGCAAAAGGAUCUUUGAACUUCGGGAGGAACAAGCCUUGCUCACAAGUAAAGCCAUUCGAUCGGUCUACAUCCCCGGCUGGAGGUUUGUGCCCACUCGGAUGAAUAGGAGGAUGAAGAACAUAGAUAAAGAAGUGCGAGCUCCGCUCACAAACAUCAUCUGCAAAAGAGAGAAAGCAAUAAAGGCGGGGGAAGCUGCUAGCACCGAUGUACUAGGGCUAUUGCUAGAGUCAAACAUGAGGGAGAACAUUGGGAUGAGCCUUCGCGAUGUGAUUGAAGAGUGCAAGCUUUUCUACUUCGCUGGACAAGAGACCACUUCGGUUUUGCUGGUAUGGACGAUGGUUUUGUUGAGUGUGCACCCAGAUUGGCAAGCGCGAGCUAGGGAGGAGGUCCUCCAAACCUUUGGAAGUAGAAAACCUAACUUUGACGGGUUAAACCACUUCAAGAUUGUGACGAUGAUCUUGAAUGAGGUGUUGAGGCUAUACCCACCGGUGAUCUCACUAGCACGGAAGGUUCAAAAGGAAAUAAAACUGGGGAAGCCGACCAUACCUGCGGGAGUCCUUCUCUCAAUGCCGAUUCUCUUCAUACACCAUGAUAAAGAACUGUGGGGCGAGGAUGCCGAGGAGUUCAAGCCCGAGAGGUUCGCCGAGGGAGUGUCCAAGGCCACCAAAAACCAAGUCUCUUUUUUCCCAUUUGGAUGGGGCCCUCGUAUAUGCAUCGGCCUGAACUUCGCAAUGAUGGAGGCAAAGAUGGCGCUCGCCAUGAUACUUCAGCAAUUCACAUUUGAGCUCUCUCCAUCUUAUGCGCAUGCCCCUGGGCAUUUCAUUACCCUCCAGCCACAGUAUGGUGCGCAAGUCAUCUUGCACAAGGCAAACUAAAAAGUUACAUAUCAGGAUGACAUGUGGUGUAGAGAAAAAAACGUGCAUUUGAAAUAAGGAAAUAGUAUACAUUUUUCCAAGUUAAUGCAUUGUUGUCUUCCCUCCCUAAUAUAAUAACCAAGUUUCAUUAGUGACUGAUUGUGAUGGAAUCUUGCACAGAAGAACGUGAUUUGAUGUAUCCAUAGACAUUAUAGGGAUGAAAACAAGUUUGGCUAACUCAAGCUGAAUUUUUUAGGUGUCAAUUUGUAAUCAAAAACCAAUCCCAGAAUUUCUAGAUCUCCAAUGAAAAAAUAGGACAAAGA